AUGAAUACGAGCGACUUAGUAGAUCACCUCUAUGCCGGCGUUAUUAUAGUUGGUGGUUUGGUUGGCUACUUCAAAGCAGGCAGUACUAUGUCGCUAGCAGCUGGACUCGUUUUUGGAGGUGCUGCUGGUUUUGCUGCUCAUUCCCGCAACAAUCCCAUGCUUUUAGCUGUUAGUUCUGUCCUUGCAUUGGUGAUGGGCAGUCGUUUCAUCCAAUCUGGCAAAAUUAUGCCUUCUGGAAUAAUUACAGUUUUGAGGUGGCCUUGGUAUGGUAAUCCGUUGCCUGGUACGUCAUACUCAUUGAGCGAAUCUAUUGAUGGUGCGUCUUUCUGUAAAGUAACUUGA